AUCACAGCACAGACACCAGCUGAGUGUCAAGGUCAGCAGAGCUGUGUGACAGCCACCCAGGACCCCAUCCACAUCUACAGGCCACUGAUAGGAAGGAGCCCCAGCAGCUGAGGACCAGGAUCACCGACAACUCUGCCACCGGCCAGACAACAUCAUGAAGGCCUCACAGCCAGAAAGAACGACCCUAUUCAAGAAGGAGUCCAAUGGCUCUGUGUUUCGGACUCCCUCUCUCAUCUACAUCAAAGAUGAGAACACAUUUUUGGCCUUUGCUGAGAAACGCAGGGGUGAGGACGAAGCCAUGGCCGAUUUCCUGGUGAUGAGAAGAGGAAUCUACAAGACGGGAUAUGUCACGUGGGAAGGUACCCAAACUCUGCAUGAUCUCUGCCCGAAGAAUCACUGUAUGAUGAACCCUUGUCCUGUCUACGAUGAGACGAACCAAGUUCUGUUCUUAUUCUUCAACUCUAUACCCAGCGGGAUGACAGAGAAACGCAUGAGGAAGUGGGGAAACUCCUGCAAACUCUGCUAUGCCACCAGCAAGGACUGUGGGAAAACAUGGAGCUCAGUGACCAAUAUAACAGAGGUGCUGAAUGACAUUGACAACAUGGCCACCUUCUUCCUGUCUCCUGGCCACGGCAUCCAGACAGAUUCGGGAAUUAUGGUAGUCCCUGCUUACGUGUAUGUCGCAAAAUGCUGGUGUAUUCAGUACUGUUGCACAAAAUCCCACUCGUUUUACCUUUACAGUAAGGAUGGGGGCAACAGAUGGAAUGUGUCGGAAAGAAUUGACAAGUUUGAGUGUGCCGAAUGUCAGAUGGCAGAAAUAGUCUGUGACGGUAAACAGAAGAUGCUCUACUGCAAUGCACAAACGCCAUCCAAGUACAGGGUCGAGGCAUUAACACUAAAUGCUGGUGGUGAAUUUAAAAUGGCCGACAAAAGUCGAAAGUUGAAAGACACCGUAGACGGAGGAUGCUCUGGGAGCAUUGUAAGCUUCCCAGGGAUUGGCCAACCAGAUGAGGAAGAAAGUUACUGGCUUCUAUAUUCUCACCCUGCCAAGAAAGAACGCAGAGAGCUUGGCAUCUUCUUAAAUAAAUCUCCUCUGACAUCAGAAGCUUGGUCCAAGCCGUGGGUGAUUCACGAUGGCCCAGCAGCUUAUUCUGAUCUUGCCAAGUGCCAUGAGGCCAACACCUUCGCCAUCUUAUUUGAGAGUGGGACUGUGAAUGCUUACGAGGAGAUCAAUUUUUGUCUUUUCACUGUGGAGGAUGUUUUGGAGAACAUCAAUAAGAAGAAAAGCUUCUUCUCCAGAUUUAAAAAAUAACUGGAACGAUAUAAAACACAUCUUGUUUUACCCACACUGGUCUUGUAAAUUUUGGAAACAAUAUGUUUUGGACUCAUGUCUCAAGUAUUCCUCUUCAUGGGCCUUCAUGUAUUAUAUUGGUGGUCAACCUUUUUUAAGACCAAGUACGCACAUGAGGAAAAAUCCUAACUUUUCUAUUAAAAACUGCAUAUUUGAUAAAUAAACUGAAUGCUACUGGACACCCCAAAAUGUAAUUUUGUGUUCUCCACUCAUAUAAUGAUAAAUUAUAUAUAUAUUAUAUAUAAUAUUACCAAUGCGAGGACAGCUGGAUGACUAUAUAAAUCCAUCAUUUAAGGCAAAUUGUGAUUUUCUUUUUGGCAUGAAAUGAACUACUACUGCUGCCGUACAGUUAUUAUCC